AUGUACAGGUAUGGAUCAAAUGGUGAAACAGAUGAUAUGUUGGAAUUUGAUGCUACUUUUGAUUUAACACAAGACUCCGCUUUAUUAGACCUUGAUGAUGAUUUUUUGUGUGUCCCGGUUGGAAAGGAAGCCACAAAACUGUCUACUUUUGAGGGUUUGGUUGCAAGAACAAUGGUUCCCAUAACCUAUGAGUCUUGGCUGGAAGUUAGUGAAGAAGUAAGGGAAGGGUUAUGGCAAUAUGUUUUGAUGCAAGAAACCGGCAAGACGGAAGAGGAUAUUGAUAGGACACUGUUGUGGAAACAAGCAAGAGAGUUGAAGACAGGAGGAUACGAAUCAGAUGUCAACAUGAUUGUUGAUAAAAUUGAUGAGCUGCAGAAAUCUGGAAGCUUUGGAGAGGUUACAUGUGGAACACAUGAUGUGCUUACAGAGGCCUUGGGUACUCAGGAACAACGUAGGCGUGUACGAGGGAUGGGUAAAUUUAUAACGCCACAGCAAUACUUUUAUUUACCCAAGAAUGUUAAGUAUUACUUGGAGAUUGAGAACGAGAGGGUGGAUAAACGAAUCAACAAACUUGAAGAUGACUUGGAGAAACUAAAAAGAGGUGUACUUAAUGUUUCUGAAGCCGCAAGUUGCCAAGUAGGGGGCGUCAUUGAAGAUGUUGAAAAAGAACCACGGGAUGAAUCACUUGGAAAAGUGGUGGGGAAACCUGUGAAGAAACAUGCAACACCAGUGAAGGAAGGUGCAACACCUUUAAAAGAAGAAAUAAGAAGUAAUAAGAAAGAAAAAGGGACAGGAAAAAUGGUUGAUGAACAAAAAGAACCAUGUGAUGUGGAAGAAGUGGAUGAUAUGGAAGAAGGGAAUGGAAUAGAAAAGAAGAUUAAAAAGAAGGAGAAACAAAAUGUGACCUUGCAAAGAAGAUGGACCAGAGCACAGAUGAAGACAAGGAUAAGGAUUGAGAAGAGUAGUAUUUUGAAAAUGACUGCAAUGAUGGCUGAUGGACAAGUUACAAAGGUUGAUUCUAUAAUAGUGCAGAGUGAGAACGAUCUUUUUGGGUACGAUAGUUACACGUACUUAACUUGGGAUGAUUUUGAAGCAGUUCUUACAAUGGAUGAGCUGACUGGUGCUGUUAUUGUGUCUUAUAUGAUGGUGUUGUUUAACAAAAUGAAGUAUGGCUCCCCAGAAAGAGAUCAUGGAAUUUGCUUUGUGAACCCGGCAUUAAUCUCGCCAAGUACGCGUAAAGGGAAGUCUAAGAAUAUUGACGAUGCAAGCAGAGGUUUAGCAGAUCGGUUGUCUAAAAGAAAGGGCAAUGACAUCAUCUUUAUUCCCUACAAUCCCGGACAUGAAUCAGAUAAUUGCUAUUAUCUUGAUUCCUUGAGUUCUGGCAAUUUCAAUAUGCAGUUGAAGCAAAUUGUUGAUUCGGCAAUGGUUCUGUACGCUACACAAAGUGGAUCCAACAAAAGGGUUAAACUAAAUUGGGUUAAUGUUACGCGUCCAGUUCAGCCCGGAGCUACCGAAUGUGGCUGCUACAUGCUAAGGUUCAUGAAGGAGAUAGUGGAAGAAGGAAUUGAAGUGUUGGUCAAAGACAAUAUCGGGGAUGGAAAAGUUGAGUACACAACUGAUGAUAUCGAUGAGAUACGUGAAGAAUGGUCAGAGUUUGUUACAGGCUUCAUUUAUCGAUGA